UGCAAUGAACUUCUCUGGGAUUUCCUUAAAAUUUCUUUGUCGGACAAGAAUCAAGAAUGUAGAUUCUCUUUCUCCGCAGGUAAUAGAAGUGGGUCGCGCAUUUCAACAGAAAAAGGAAGAAAAAGCGGGCCCACCGUCCCAAGAGUAAGGAUAUGUUUGGUUGAUGAGGAUGGAAAAGAUGCGUGGAAAAUAUGUGAGAAGAUGGAUGGAAUGGGUAUCUAAAAGGUCUGUAUCUCUCUGUCCUUGAUUUCUAAAAGAAAACACACACACACACACACAACAGUUCUGUCUCUCUCCUUGAUUUCUAAAACUCUCUUUCCUUGAUUUCCUUACUAAACGAACACACACACACACAACAGUCUCUAACAGAACACACACAUAGACAUAGUAGAAAAAAAUAAAAGGAAGAAGAAGAAUAUGGAUUUGCUCAGUGGGGUUCUAGAGUCUUUGAAUCGAAUCUUUCAUUUCCCCAUUAUUCAGUUGGGUGUCUUGAAUCUGUCUGAACCAAAUUCAAAGGAGGCCAAUAUCUUGUUCUUGGGCCAGGAUAUGGAGUGCAAAGAAGCUGUGAUUUCCAGCCUCUCGAUGAGGUUUUUUUUUUUUUUUGGUGGUAGCUUUUAGAACUAUGAAAAGGAAGGAGAAGCAGCCAGAUAAAGCCGAAACUUAUCACUAAUAAAGCUUCUUUUAUUUACUUCUUUAUUUAAAUGGUGGAUUGGUAAUUUCAAUUUUGUUUAAUUUCGAUAACCAUUGACUUGAUUUUCUUUGUUGUGGGUAUUGGUGAGUGAAUGUUGCAGGGGUCACCUGAGUACUUGACAUCAUGGGUAUCUAGUAUUGGCAAAGUCAAGUUUAAAUUUUUUGAUUUAGGAGAACAUGAGAUUGCUCACAGAGUUUGGAGUGACUACGGUGCCAAGAUGGAUGCAGCUGUGUACAUCGUUAAUGCUGAUGCUCUAACUCAGGAGGAACUUUUGGGGCCAGGAGAAGAGCUGAAUGCUCUACUCUGGGAUCAUUUUUGGGGUCCAAGAGAAGAGCUGAAUGCUCUACUCUCUGAUGAAGUCUUUGUGAAAGUUCCAUUCCUUAUUUUUGGCGUAACAUCUACUGGAGCUUGUUCUCAAUUAAAAGAGAGAUUGUGUUACUUCCUCAGUUUGCCCUAUGUCACCAUAGAGUUAAUAUCUACUGGAACUCUUUUUCAAUUGAGAGAGAGAUUGCGUUACUCCCUCAGAUUGCCCUAUGUCACCAUAGAGCCGGCAGACACAAAUGCCCCCCUUGAGAUUUUUGUGGCUCAAACAUUACACAAAGAAGAGUAUCUAGAUGGUUUCCAGUGGCUUUCUCAGUACAUUAAGUAGCGGUAGAGGUAUUGGUGAUGUUUUUUCUUUUUUCUUUUUUCUUUUUUCUUUUCUUUUUGAGAGAUGGUACAUCUUACAUAUGCAUUAAACAUCCCUCUCACAAUGAAGUGGUGUCUUAUUUAUCUUAGACAUUUAAAUGAAGAUUUGUUUUUUUUU